AUAUAUAGAAGAAUAUGUUAGUUAAUUUGAGUAAACUAAUUAUAUAUAUUCAGACAUGGAGAGAAGAGAAAAGCUUCUUUAUGAAGCAUCAUUAGAAGGAAACAUAUCCACCUUACUAAUGUUGCUUCAAGAAGAUCCCUUGAUUCUUAACAGAGUUACCCUAAACCAUCACGGCGACAUGCCUCUACAUGUCGCAUCCACGCUUGGACAUACAGAUUUUGUCAAGGAGAUCUUGACACGAAAUCCCCAUCUUGCUACCGAGUGUGAUUCACAAAAACACUUGCCUCUCCAUCUAGCCGCUGCAAAAGGCCACGUUGAAGUAGUAAAGGCAUUGGUAUCGGCUAACCCUGGGACAUGCCAUGCACGUGAUCGUGAUGGAGGAAACCCUGUCCAUGUUGCAGCCAUUAGAGGACACCUUGAUGUUGUGAAAGAGAUGGUGCAAGCCCAGCCUCACGCAGCAAGAGCCAUGGUGCAGCAAGACACCAUCUUGCACUUGUGUGUAAAGCAUGGCCAAUUUGAGGUUUUGAAGUUUUUGAUAGAGACUAUGGGUGAUCAUGAGUUUGUAAAUACAAAGGAUGGUUACGGCAAUACUCUACUGCACCUUGCUGUUGCUGACAAGCAAAUUCAGACUAUAAACUUCUUGCUACUCAAUACAACAAUAGAAGUGAACGCAACAAACACGAAUGGGGAAACAGCGUUGGAUAUACUAGCUCAAGCUACAAGAGACUUGAAAUACCAACAAAUCAUGCAAUCCCUCAUGACCCAUUCGGGAGGGGUUGCGGCAAAACCAGAGACUUCAUUCGCACAAGUUCCUAAGGGUUCAAGAAGCAAAGUGCAGUUAGACAGACAUCAGACGACACUGCCCUUUUUUUCUCUCUCAAAAGAUGAUGAUCACUUGACAAACUAUCAUGAAGACUGGCUGGACAGGAUGCGGAAUUCUUUGAUGGUUGUGGCAUCAUUGAUAGCAACCAUGGCCUUUCAAGCUGGUACUAAUCCUCCGAGUGGCGUUUGGCAAGAUGACUCAAACAAUAAUGAUCCACUCCGCAAGGCUGGAUUUGCUGUCAUGGCAUACACUCAUCAAGAUUUGUACCACGUCUUUCUGAUUAGCAACACUGUGGGCUUUGUUUCAACUCUUAGCAUCAUCAUGUUGCUUAUAAGUGGACUGCCAUGCUUAAAACAUCGAUUUUUCUUGUGGAUUCUGAUGGUGACUAUGUGGAUUGCUACAACAUCUAUGUCUCUUACUUAUUUCGUUUCGAUAUUGGCUUUGAUACCAAGUCCGUUGCGGGAUAUAGUCAGCCCUAUAGCUGGAGGUAUUGUGAUCGUAUGGAUAGGGUUGUUGACUCUUCUACUUGUUGGACACACCGUUCGGUUGAUUGCAAUCCCUUUGAGGGGUUUCAUAAGACUUCUACUUCCUAGAAAGAGACAUGUCGUCGUGGUGUAGUGGCAGGAUGAAAGUACGUGCGCGCAGUCAACUUUGUUCAGUUUUGCUCCUGUGUGUAUCCAACUCUAAAAAUUUCUCUUGUACGUAUUAAACUCUUUAUUUUCACUAUUGAUCUAUCCAACUUACAACACCUCUAUUGUAUUGUAUGUAUUAAACUCUAUUGUCCGGUUUGUUAUUGUAAAGUAUUGCACUAUUGCCCAUAUUCAUGUUGAAA